UUCUUCUUUCCUUCCCUCCAGUUUUUCGUCACCAUGGGGACAGCAUCAUCCAAAGAAGAAUCCUCUUCUGUAAAGAGUCCAGAGGCUUCAGUCGCCUUCAGCAUGAUGGAUGUUUUCCUCUUCUCCGUUGUUAUUGGUCUGCUGACGUACUGGUUUUUCUUCCGUAAGAAGAAAGAGGAGAUCCCAGAGUUUUCAAAAAUCCAGACACCAGCAGCAACAGAAGGGCAGUCAGCAAAUGAAAACAGUUUUGUGGAAAAAAUGAAAAAGACGGGAAGAAACAUUGUGGUGUUCUAUGGCUCUCAGACAGGGACUGCUGAAGAAUUUGCCAACCGCCUUGCCAAAGAUGCCCAUCGUUAUGGGAUGCGCGGCAUGUCUGCUGAUCCAGAGGAAUAUGAUGUGUCGGACCUGAGUCAUCUGUCGGAGAUUGAUAAGUCCCUGGCAAUCUUCUGCAUGGCCACCUAUGGAGAAGGGGACCCUACUGAUAACGCCCAAGAUUUCUACGACUGGUUACAAGACACAGAUGCCAACCUGUCUGGUAUAAAAUACGCGGUGUUUGGGCUUGGGAACAAAACUUAUGAGCAUUUCAACGCCAUGGGGAAAUACGUAGACAAGAGGCUGGAGGAGCUCGGAGCUCAGCGGAUAUUUGAACUUGGCCUUGGAGAUGAUGAUGCAAACUUGGAAGAAGAUUUCAUCACUUGGCGCGAACAGUUCUGGCCAGCAGUGUGUGAACAUUUUGGUGUGGAAGCCACAGGAGAUGAAUCCUGUAUACGGCAGUACGAGCUGGUGGUUCACAAAGACAUCAGCCAAAGCAAGGUUUACAUGGGUGAAAUGGGACGCCUCAAGAGCUAUGGGAACCAGAAACCACCAUUUGAUGCCAAGAACCCCUUUUUGGCCCCAGUUGCUGUGAACCGGAAGCUCAACCAAGGUGGAGAGCGACACCUAAUGCAUCUUGAACUGGACAUUACUGGGUCCAAAAUCAGGUAUGAAGCUGGAGACCAUAUUGCUGUAUAUCCAGCCAAUGACACUUCACUGGUGAACCGGCUUGGUGAAAUACUGAGUGCUGAUUUGGAUACAGUGAUCUCCUUAAACAAUUUAGAUGAGGAAUCCAACAAGAAGCACCCAUUCCCUUGCCCAACUUCAUACCGCACAGCUUUGACCUACUAUUUGGACAUCACUAACCCACCACGCACCAAUGUUCUCUAUGAGUUGGCACAAUAUGCUACAGAUGCCAGUGAGCAAGAAAAACUGCGCAAGAUGGCUUCUUCCUCUCCUGAAGGCAAGACUUUGUACCUCAGCUGGGUUGUUGAGGCCCGGAGGAAUAUCCUGGCUAUCCUGGAGGACACACCUUCUCUGCGGCCUCCUAUUGACCACCUUUGUGAACUGCUUCCCCGUCUUCAAGCUCGCUAUUACUCCAUCGCUUCUACAUCCAAGGUACACACAAACUCCAUCCAUAUCUGUGCCGUUGUUGUGGAGUAUACUACCAAGACAGACCGAGUGAACAAAGGGGUGGCUACUAAUUGGCUGAAGAACAAGCAGCCCAAUGAGAAUGGGCACAAAUCUACGGUGCCCUUGUACGUCCGGAAAUCCCAAUUCCGGCUGCCCUUCAAACCUAACACUCCUGUCAUCAUGAUUGGGCCUGGCACAGGGAUCGCUCCCUUCAUUGGUUUCAUCCAGGAGCGGGGCUGGCUCAAAGAGCAAGGCAAGGACGUAGGGGAGACCGUGUUGUAUUACGGCUGCCGGCAUGAGAAGGAGGACUAUAUCUAUAAGGAAGAACUUGCCAAAUUUGUCAAAGAAGGAGCUCUUACUCAACUGAAUGUGGCUUUCUCGAGAGACCAACCAGAAAAGAUUUAUGUGCAGCACCUGCUAAAGAAGAACAAGGAGCAUGUCUGGAAGUUGAUCCAUGAAGAAAAUGGUCACAUCUACGUGUGCGGUGAUGCACGCAACAUGGCCCGGGAUGUGCAGAAUACCUUUUAUGAGAUUGUAGCUGAACAUGGGAAGAUGAACCAGCAGCAGGCUGUGGACUAUGUCAAGAAACUGAUGACCAAGGGCCGCUACUCCUUGGAUGUUUGGAGUUAGGGGGCACUUACUGCAGAAAGGAGGGUCUCUCAGGUGGCUGGUAGAAGAGCUGGGCAAGGACUCAUCUGGCUGCCUCCGGGGAACUGUGGAUCUGUGCAUACCUUGGCUUUCUCUAGCUCCUACCCGUUCCCUGUUAGACUGUUCUGCAGGGUGAGUUUAGUGGGCUUUGGUUUUUCAUGGCAAGGUCUAGUUGCAUUGAGCUAGACCCUCAGAGCAGUGGAGAAAUGCCAGCAUGUCUGUCUCUCUCGCUCUUUCUUUCUUUUGGCUGGUAGCUGCUGCAGGACAUAACUCAGGGUGGGUUUCCUGCCCCUUCUUUACACAACAAACUUUUCAAAAGAGGAAUGCCCUUCCUGUCUCAUCUCACAGGCAUCUGUACCCUAGUGGAAAUGGUGUUUAGAUGACCUUGGUCCUUCAACACUUUCUCAUUUAGCCUGAUCAACAGGUUGGGGUCUUUCCUGGGCUGCACUGAAGAAUGCAGUGGCAACGGUUUGCAUUUUUCUCAGCAACUGGUGACCUGCGCUAUUGGGAUUCACGUGGGGUGGGUGCCAGGGCAAUGUCUGAUAUAGAAUUAUCUGGGAACAUAGGCAGAGGGAAUCAUUUGGAGGGGAAGGGAUAGUAGCAGUGGUUUAUAAGAACCAGUAAAAUGAAACUCUCACCCUCCUCUGUGUUAGAAGGCACUUGUGAAGGGUGAUGGUGGAUCUAGGUGCUAUGCCUCAGCAUGGACCAGAGAAGAACCUGUUUGUGAUAUCUCACUUCCUUUGUUCUUUCCCUUUUGUGGGAAACUCAUUCCACAUGAAUUUGAUCUCUCUCCAAACCACCCCUUCUGUUUCUCCCUUGCUUUGUUCCUAACUGGAUGAGAUCCUGGACUGAGGCUGAUCCUAGCUCUGACAACUUCAGUCCUGUGCUGCUCUUCUGGACACUAAUUUGCCUCCCAUCACUUGACUCUCCCUGUUGAAGCUGCUGUCUGGCGCCUAAUGACAUGUGUGCAUUUGGAAACUGGUCAAGCAGUCUGUCCGCUGAUUGUACAUAAUUUUAAGGAGACUUGUUCUUGAAAUAAAAUAACCCCGAUUCUUU